GCGGUUUCUUCUGUGUGUCGUUGAAAGUGCAGUCGGCGGUAUGUUGACAGCUUUUUUUUUUUUUUUUAUAAAGUCUCGCCAUUCUCUUGUACGUUCAACCACUGUCAAUUCAUCGGUAGGUUGUAAGUGUUUCAUGAAGACGAAGUCACAGUAGUCGGAGAUGUCACGCCGUAAGUUUAGCCGGGGUUCAUUCGUCAAACGAAAGCCAAGUUUUUGCUGAACUUGGCAUCACUGCGCACGCGUGAACUGUCAUGCCUGACACGAUGUACUUUAAAUGUUAUCCAGAAAGUCCUUUUACUGUCACGCGAGGGUGUCACUGUUAAUCCUGGUGGUUUACUAACAAAUGUGUGUGACAAGAGGAGAGGAAGAAGAGGUGGACUUGAACCCCGAUAAAGACGACCUUCCACUUUGUGCCAAUACCAGCCACAUGCUAGUCAAGCACUAUGCUCUGGACCUGAAGGUUCAUUUUGACAGGAAAGUCUUCAGUGGUAGUGUGGUUCUGUUCCUGGAGCCAACUGCUUCUGGAGAACCUGAGGAGACCCAAACUGCUCUGCUGGAAAACGAUGACCGUUGUUCGAAUGAUCCACCAGGGGUUGGGACAGCAACCGAUCAUAUCAAGACCUCACCCGAUCGUCAUUUCACCUUAGUGCUGGACUGCUGUGAUGUAACUGUGUCAAAGGUGGAGCAAGUGGACGUCACCUUCUUGUCGAACGCCUUUCCCGGAGUCCGGCACCCGAACCUCAUCCACGAGCUGACCUCCAUGCCUUCUGCCCUGUGGAGGCGGCAGAAGGAGCUCUACUCGGCGUGCGCCCGUGGCCCCGGUGUUGAGGGCGAUGGCGGCCCGCUGCGUUUCCGCAGCGACCGCUGGAGUCUGCGGCUGUGGAAGGAGGAGGUCUCCUCUCCACGGGAGUUUCCCCGGGCCCUGAGGAUCUGCUAUGAAACGAAGCCUACUGGGGGUUCUGUGAGGUGGACCGAAGACCAGGACGACAGGGCGUGCGUGUACACCGCCGGCUCGCCCAUCAACAACCGAGCGCUCUUUCCCUGCCAGGAGCCGCCUGUUGCCAUGUCAACGUGGCAGGCCACGUUGCGGGCCCCCCGCGACUGUGUGGUCUUGAUGAGCGGGGAGGAGCAGGUUGCGCCUACUGAAGAUGGGGACACAAGUUUGUUGAUGUGGAAUUACUACGUCACAAUGCCCAUGCCCGCCUCCACCUUCGCCCUGGCAGUCGGCCACUGGCAGCAAGUCCCUGCUCGGCUUCCUCCUGCAUGUGGAAAAGGGGGGAGGGAAAGGUCGCCCGGGUUUGGGGAGUCCGUCCCCGUGUCCUCGCGCGGAGGUUCAAGCAGAGAAGUCGCAAAAGCCUCCGGCCUCUGCACCGACAGGAAAGAACGGCCCGCCUGCUCGGGCUCGUCUUCUCAGCACGAGUGCGUCUCUGUGCCCGACCGUUCAGCCGUGUUGGAUGGUGGCUUCCCUUGCUCCCAUGGCGACUACCCUUGCCGGUUCGUCGAACGCGCCGUGAAGUCUGAGCGUGUGAUCCCGCACCGUGUGUUUGCCCCCGUCAAACUUCUGCAGAAGGCGCAGACCGGAAUCCUUGCCCUAUUGCCGCGAUGUUUAGCCGCAGCCCACGCGGUUCUUGGCGUUCAUCCCUUCCCCCGACUUGACGUUCUCAUCGUGCCAGCAGGGUUUUCCAGUUUGGGGAUGGCCAGCCCCCACAUUAUCUUCCUGUCUCAGAGCGUGCUGCACGUUGGCAGCUCAUUUUCAACAGAAAACAGCCUGUCCUUGUGCGGGUCCAGGCUGUGUCACGAGAUUGCCCACUCCUGGUUCGGUCUGGUCAUCGGGGCCAGAGACUGGACAGAGGAAUGGAUCAGCGAGGGCUUUGCCACCUUCUUGGAGGACAUUAUCUGGGCCCGAGCACAGCAACUUUCUUUGCCGGAAGCAGCUGAGCAGUCCAAGUUGAAGGCGCUUCUGAGGUGGAGACGAUUGUAUGACGAGUUGCAGAAUUCAGGAGAGGAGCUUCAAAUCCUCAGACCCAACUUGGAGAAAACUGGCCAGGCCAGUGAGUCCGGCUCCUCCGCAGUAAAACAUGCCCUUAACCCAGACAAACCCUUCUUGCAGGUUCACUACCUCAAGGGCUACUUCCUCCUCACGUUCUUGGCCAGUCAAGUAGGGGAACAACAAUUCAUUAACUUCUUCAGGUUAUUUGUGAAGAAAUACCACGGGCAACUCAUUCUAUCUCAGGAUUUCCUGCAAAUGCUGCUUUCUGCCUUUCCUGACCUUGCAAGAAAAGGCCUAACGCUCGACGCUAUUUAUGCCGACUGGCUGGAUCGACCGGGAAUUCCCAAGUGGCUGCACGAAAGGAGCACUGUGUGGACCAAGGCGACCCUGGUGGAGGAAGUCAAAGCCGAGGUUGCAAAAUGGAUUCUUCUCAGUCAUCAGGGGAAGGGCAAAAAACGGAAGCGAUCGGAGCCCAAGGUGAACCCCAAAGAGGUGACCUCAGAACAACUUGUACUGCUUUUGGAGCUACUGUUAGAGGAAACCAAGCUGAGCGCAUCCACCAUGCGCGCGCUGGCUCGCGCCUAUGACUUGCGCAAUCAAGAUGCUGAGGUGCGACAUCGCUGGUGCGAGCUGGUGGUCAAACACAGACACGCCCACGCUUACGGCGACGUGGCUCACUUCCUGCUUCACGACCAAGCUAUGGGGGUGUAUCUGUACGGCGAGCUGAUGGUUCACGAGGACGCCGAGCAGCAAGCGCUGGCUCGUCGCUGCCUCGCAUCAGCCAGUGAGGAAAUGGACCGAUCGGCGCGCAGGGUGGUGGAGGAGAUGGUGCUGUGACAGGAUUUGUCAACUUAUUUGCGGGAGGAAAAACAUCUUAUCCACACGAGAUGACCUUGAUGUCCUGCUUUCAACGUGGGUCCACAUCAACCUGAGCGACUCAUUUUUUUUUCUCCUAGCUCCAAAUCUUAUUUCACGUCGGUCCCCGCCACAAGACUGUUUAUCUUCAAACACACACGCACAGACUUUUCGACAGCUUGAUGCCCAGGUUGUAAUCGGCUUUUUGCGCAUCUGCCUGUAUCCUGACAGAUCUCCCUGACACAAGUGUUGGGUUUAUUCAUUCGUACCUGCCUUACGUCAUUUAUUUAUUUACGUGUCGUAUUCUCACUUUUUGUCCGUAAGGUCAUAAUUACUGGACUCAGUGGUAACAGUUUAUAUUUCUACUGGUCUACAGUACAUUUUCAUUUUCUACACCUCGUAUUUCUCAUACAUUAAAAAAAA